AUGGCCUGUGUGGAUAGUAUUGCGUUUGAUACAGCCCACUCUCCGAAAGAUGUCCGAAAUGGCGAAUAUCAGGACCAGAACUCCGACGAAGUUUCUGUGACUAAUGAAGAUGAUCGCGACCUCCUAAAGCUUGGCUACCACUCUGUCCUGGCGCGAUGCUGGGGAUCGUUCGACAAUUUCGCCUGUUCGUUCUCGGCCUUGAAUUGCGUUGGAGGAAUUCGUGUUCUUUUCUAUAUCGCCCUCAGUGGAGGCAGCCCGGCUGCCAUCUGGAGCUCCUGGGUCUCCGGUAGUAUACUGUCCGUCAUCACGGCCGCCUGUCUCGCUGAAGCUUGUUCAAGCUAUCCCGCCGCAGGGUCGAUUUAUUACUGGGCUUUCCGAUCCUGGGGAGGUGGUGAAGUCGGCCGCUUCAUCUCGUUCCUAGUGGCCGCGUGGACAUUGGUUGCAUGGACCGCUUUCCUCGCGAGUGAUUCGUUCGGUGUCGCCAACUACCUAAUUUCGGAGAUCGUUGUGUUUAACCCGAAGACAAGCUUUCCAUAUGAAACUGCCGACGUCCGAGCGCGUGCCGUGGCAUGGGCCAUCUCUCUUCUUUUCCUGGCUAUUGCUACCACGCUAAAUUUCCUGCCCCCGCGGAUGUAUUCCUGGGUGUUCCGAGCAGGUGUGACGAUCAUCAUUAUCGAUAUGCUGCUAAACCUCAUCUGGCUUUCCAUUGGCGUCUCUAAGACGUAUGGUUUCCAGUCAGCCGAAUACGUGUUUACGUCUACAUACAAUGGUGGGGACACCAGCUCAGGGCUGAACUGGGUUCUAUCCUGGUACUUGGUAGGCAGUUGUCUCGUGGGGCAAGAUGCUUCGGGUCAUGUCGCAGAAGAGACCGUCUUGGCAAAGAAAGCCGCCGCGAAGGGGAUCUUCUGGGCAACCGUUGCGUCUGCGAUGUGCGGCUUCCCAAUCAUUAUCUUGUUCCUCUUCUGCAUGCCCCCGAUUGAGACAUUCUACGAUACUAGCGUACCCCAGCCGUUCAUUAACAUGUACGCGAUGGCGCUCGGUCCCCAUGCACACGUUGUGAUGACCAUUGUCGCGAUGAUCGGAGCUAUUCUCAACACUUCUAUUUCCCUAGUUGCUGUAUCACGACUUGUUUUCGCCGUGGCGCGCGAUGGUGUGUUCCCGUUUAGUGACGUGUUAUCACGUGUAUCGAAGUCGAAGCAGCCCCACAACGCUGUCAUCUUCAUUUCGGCUAUUGCUGCACUUCUCCUCUGUACCCAGCUUCCGUCGCAGGUAGCCUUCUCCAGCUUGGUCUCUACUUCGGCUGCAGGUUCCCUCGCAGCAUACGGCUUGGUUGGAAUCGGCCGCGCGUUCAUCACGCGUAAAUCGUUCCGUCCGGGCUUUUGGGAUUUGGGGCGGUUUGGCGUGGUCGCCGCUGUUGUUACAUUCCUGUGGAACGGGUUUGCUUUUGCUGUUCUAUGUGCCCCAGCUUACUCGGACAGUGCAAUUGACAAGGAUUCCACCUUGUUCAACUACGCGAUUGUUAUUAUGGGCGGAGUCACUAUCAUUGCGAUCGCCGAGUGGUGGCGCAAAUCCAACGGUGUUUGGUUUGAGCAUCUCAAAAUCGUUGACUCAGCUACCGAGACCGAGCACUCUAUUGAACGCAAGGAAAAGACAAAUGCCUCGGCUGUUACGGCUGCUGUUUGA